AUGCGUCCUGUUACAAUUACUCAAGGAGGAAGGCUCAAUUGCUUCAAGCCUCGCGCUCUAAAUGGGCCCUCAAGGCGAUACUUGACUAUGUUGAGCCCUCCCAAGUUCGAAAAUGAGAAAAUGCUCAACUAUGCGAAAGGCUCUCCAGAAAGGGCCGAACUAACCAAGACUAUCAAGAAACUCAAGGGAAAAUUCCCUUUCACAAUUCCUAUCACUAUCAAUGGCUUAGAGAUCACCACAAAAGAAUCCCGCUCUCAACCAAACCCUUCAAAGCACAGUGAGGUUGUCGCAAACUACGCAUCUGCCAUCCCAGAGCAAGUCAAUGCUUCCAUCGACGCAGCCCUCAAAGCAAAGCCCGCCUGGGAAGCUACCCCCUUCGAGGAUCGUGCCGCCAUCCUCCUUCGAGCAGCUGAGCUCGUCACUGGCAAAUAUCGUUCAGAGAUAGUGGCAGCCACAAUGCUUGGCCAAGGAAAGAAUAUCUGGCAAGCAGAGAUCGAUGCUGCUGCCGAGACAGCCGAUUUCUUCCGCCACUACAUCCAAGAGGCAUGGGCAUUGUUCUCCCAGCAACCUAGGGUUCACCUUGACGGACACUGGAACAAGAUGGAGUAUCGCCCACUUGAAGGUUUCACAUACGCCAUUGCUCCUUUUAACUUCACUGCACUCGGCGCAACGCUUAUUGGACCUGCUGCAUUACUUGGAAAUGUCGUUAUCUGGAAGCCCUCUGACUCGGCACUUCAUGCCAGCUGGCUGCUUCAUCAGAUUUUGUUAGAGGCCGGACUACCUAAGGAUGUGGUCCAAUUUUUGCCCGGUGAUGCCGAACAAAUCACCGACACUGCUCUUAAGAGACCCGAGUUUGGGGCCCUUUCAUUUAUUGGGGCCACUGCUACAUUCAAGGGGAUUCAAAAGAAGAUCGGCGAUGGUAUUGGUGCGGGUAUCUACAACUCCUACCCUCGAGUAGUCGGAGAGACUGGCGGCAAGAACUGGGGCGUCGUCCAUGCAUCCGCAGAUGUGAGGAGCGCGGCUUUGAACACCAUUCGAGCAGCCUUUGAAUACCAGGGUCAAAAGUGUUCUGCCAACUCUCGUGUUUACGUUGCAGAGUCUGUCUGGCCCGAGUUCCAAAAGGUCCUGGCAGAAGAGACCGCAGCUCUCAAGGUGGGAGAUGUCGAAGACUAUAGCAAUUUUAUCAACCCAGUUAUCCACGAGCGCUCAUUUGAUAAGCUUAACAACUUUAUUGAGGAAGCAAAGACCGACUCGGACCUGGAACUUAUCGUUGGCGGAAAGGCUUCUAAAACAGAGGGCUAUUACGUGCAUCCCACCGUCUAUCGAACCUCCAACCCCCACCACAAGAUUUUAUCAGAGGAGCUGUUUGGACCCAUUCUUGGAAUCUAUGUUUACCCAGAUGCUGAAUGGGAGCAAACAUUGAAGCUGGUCGAUACAACCUCUCGUUAUGCAUUGACUGGAAGUAUCUUCGCCAAGGACCCCUAUGUCAGCCGCCAGGCACAGACUAUUCUUAAGCACGCAGCUGGAAUGCUCUAUUUGAAUACAAAAUGCACCGGCUCUACUGUGGCUCAGCAGCCGUUUGGUGGUAGUCGCGACUCUGGUACAAACGACAAGACUGGCACUAUGGCACAUCUGCAGCGAUUCGUUAGCGUUCGUACGAUCAAGGAAGAGUUUGUGCCUCUGGAAAAGGUCACAUAUCCUUCAAACGAGGUUUAA